AUGGGAAAAUUGGAGAGAAUGUUGAGCACUAUGGUGGAGAAAGUCGCAAUGGCUGGACAACCACCAGAAAAGCCAUGUGGAGCAUGUGGUAAUCCAGGCCACACAAGCUUGCAAUGCACAGGGGAUGAGGAAGAGUAUCAAACCCAUGCAAAUUCUUCCCACAAUUUUUAUAGUUGUGAUGUGCCACUGCCCCAUUUGCCCAAACGGGACCAGUACUCAAACAAUCACAAUGCGCCAUGGAGAAACCAUCCCAAUUUUCGAUGGAGAGAUCCCGAGCCAAAGCAGCCACCAACGAUGCAGCAGCCACAGCAACAGAACUACCGUCCUCCACAUCAAAGGACGGGGUACCAAGCACCACAAGUUCAACAAUCUGUUCCAGAAAAGCAAGGCAAGUCACUCGAGGAGAUGAUGGCGGACUUGAUUGGUAAUCAACAAUUUUUGCAGAAUAAUGUGCAACAACUCCAACAAUCCCAAGCCGAGCAGAAGAUGCAGAUAGAGGGGUUAGCUCGUCAAGUGUCUCAGCUCGCAACGUCCGUGAAUCAACUCAAAGGCCAUCAAGGUGCUUUACCAUCACAAGUCCAAUUGAAUCCGAUGGAGAACAUUAGUAUGAUUACUUUGAGGAGUGGCAAGGAGUUGAGUGAGCCCACAACCCAGAAUUCAAAGGAGUGUCCGAGCAAGGAUUCUGGAGUCAAAUUCAGCUUGGAAAAAUUCGGAAAUUCUGGAGGCAAGGUGGAUUCUGUAAUCCAGAAUACAGAACAGUCCGGUUUGGCCAAACAGAACAGUGAUCCGACAGCUGGGGAGAAAGAACAAGAAGCAGAGCACAAAUUGGUUAAGGGUGAGCAGUCUAAGGUUCAUAAACCUUUGAGUCUACAUGAUCCCGAGAUCGAGAUACCCGUUCCCUUUCCCAGGCUGUUAGCAAAGAAGAAGCCGGAGGAAGAGCUCAUUGAUUUCAUGAAAAUCUUUGGGAAGUUAGAGAUCAAUCUUCCAUUUCUCCAAGCACUCAAAAUUCCUCAUCUGGGCAAGUUUGUGAAAGACUUCAUUGCUGAUACUAGAGUUAUGAUUCAGUUAGCCGAUGGAUCAUGUGUGCACCCUGAAGGUUUGCUUGAGAAUGUCCUUGUGAAAGACAAGUUGGAACCAACUUUGACCAAAAGGGCAACUGGUCUUGAUGCUCGUGGGAUGAACAAUGAAGAAGUCAAAGAGUCUAUCAAGUCUCUUCAUGCCCACCCGAAAUUGGCAGAUUCUGGAAAUACGUUCUGUUUGCCCAAACAAGACAAAAUUCUUCAUGAUGACCCGAAAUUCACAGGUUCUGGACAUACAGUUCGUUUGCCCAGACAGAAGCCACAUUAUAGAACUCUGCAUUUUAAUGUGGAACCACCCGACUUAAAAGAUAAGUGUGAUGAGGUGCUCCGUUUGGAAGCCUAUAAUACCAACAUGGGGUAUGCAGAUCUAAUAGCGAUAGCUUAUCACAAGCAUCGAUUCUGGAGAACAUUUGAAGUCGGUGAAAAGGUUCGAUUCAUGCUUGGAAGGCAAUGGAUAGGUCCUUUUGAGAUACAGUCUGUUUGGCCAGGCGGACCAGUGGAGAUUAAGAGUUUGGCUACGGCAAAGACGUUUGUAGUCAACUAUCACAAGUUGGAGCCAUAUUGCGAUGCAUCUCAUAUGACAACAGUGGAAGAAAUUCCAUUGUCACCUCAGACGAGAUUCUGA